ACCGUGACAUAUGUCAAACAUUUACAAUAAAAUGUACACAAAAACAGUCAGCAAAGACAAAAUCCGGCGCACCGUGUACGGCACCUGCGUCAUGCUGGCCGUCGACGGCGGCGCCAGCGGCGGGGCGCGGCCCCGCAAGGUGACCAUCACCCUCCUCCGGCGUCGGGGGUGCUGGCGAGCCCUCAGCUCGCGGAGGGUGGGCGUCUUCGCCUUCCCGGAGGCGUGCGGCCCCACCUCCGUCCCUGCCCCGCUGGACCUGGAGUACCUCUUCAGGUGCAGCGGCAAGGCAGACGCCGCAGCCAUGCAGAUCAAAAUCUGUGUGGCGUACUACUGCCGCGGUGCCCCUCGCAAGGCCCGCGUUAGCUUGGAUGAGUUCAUGGAGCCGCUGCUUGAUGGAGGCCGACCUGGCAGUUUCUACUUGUAUAUCUACGAUGACAAGGUCGGCCUCCAGCAGGCCAGCCAACAGUUCCAGGCUCUUCCCACGGCAUGGCCAUUGGAACAGAAACCCGGCAAGGGUAAGAAGGCCGUGUAUGACGAAGAACUCACUGACAAUGAUCACACCUACAGUGAAUGGAAGACUUACCUGGAAAAGGUGUUUUCGAUGGAUGAUGAUGAAGAAAGCACUGACAAUAAUGACGACACCUACAGUGAAUGGAAGACUUACCUAGAAAAGGUGUUCUCAGUGGAAAAUGAUGAAGCAAACGCCGACAACGAUGAUGACACCCACACUGAAAGGAAGGUUCCCACGGACAAAGUGUUUGCGGUGGAAUACAACGAACUUGACGAGGCGGUCCACGAGGUUGUGGAAGCCUCUGAUAUGGAUGGCACUGAUGCACACGAGUCGGUCCACGAGCUGGAGCAAGCCUCUGGUGGCACUGCCGCAAAGGAGACCCCCGAGCUGCACCCCGAGCUGGAGCAAGCCUCUGGUGGCACUGCCGCAGAGGAGGAUGCCCCCGAGCUGCACCCCGAGCUGGGGGAAGCCUCUGGUGGCACUGCCGCAGAGGAGGAGGCCCCCGAGCUGCACCCCGAGCUGGAGCAAGCCUCUGGUGGCACUGCCGCAGAGGAGGAUGCCCCCGAGCUGCACCCCGAGCUGGGGGAAGCCUCUGGUGGCACUGCCGCAGAGGAGGAGGCCCCCGAGCUGCACCCCGAGCUGGAGCAAGCCUCUGGUGGCACUGCCGCAGAGGAGGAGGCCCCCGAGCUGGGGGAAACCUCUGGUGGCACUGCUGCAGAAGAGGAGGCCACCGAGCUGCACCCCGAGCUGAGGGAAGCCUCUGGUGGCACUGCCGCAGAGGAAGAGGCCCCCGAGCUGGGGGAAGGCUCUCGGAGCGGGAAUAGUGCCACAGACAGGGCAGUUUCCCGUCAAGGCGAGGCCCCUUCACCAGUGCACAUCUCUGCCGCUGCCACAGCUUUCUACGCCUAUCGCAGCCUCACCGUGCCUCAGAGAUUCAUCGCCCAUCUCGCAGGCCCCAGUGACCGCCAGCUGGAGGACCUGCAGCGGAGCCACGGCGUCAGCAUCGUGCGGGUCCGGCGUACCUUGCACAUCAAGGGCCACAGGGACGCCGUCCUGCAGUGCCACAGCCACGUGCGCGAUGAAAUCGCUGAGUGGCGGAGGCGCGAGGUCGCCGAGGCUCAGUAAGCGGCCCGCAGACAUGCCUGUGACCCGUGACGGCCUCGUCACCACCAUGUUUCAUAGCAUUUCUUAUCAUUUCUUAU